AACCCCUGAGCCCCGGUGAGGUGGCGCUGCCCGGGCCGAGCGGAGGGACUGGGCUGCGGCAAUAACACACGGUCGCUCCCAGUGGCUUUAUGUUAGCAUCGGUUAGCUUAGCUAACCGCUAACAGCAGAAAAUGAUAACUUUCCACUCCGUGUUCACGGACCGGGAGAACGGCAGCGGCUUCCAAGGAUCGUGUCAUGACCUCGCAGAGCCGUGUUGUUGAUGUCUCCCAUCUUUGAGUUAUGCUCUCACGAAAGAAAAGCAAAAACGAAGCGUCGAAACCAGCCGAGGUUCACGGGAAAUAUGUGAAGAAGGAAACGUCGCCGCUCCUCAGAAAUCUCAUGCCAUCGUUCAUCCGCCAUGGACCGACUAUUCCCAGACGAACGGAGGGUCCCCCUCCCGAGAUGGGGCCUUCUUCCUACCCCGCGGCGCCCAGCAGGGAGUCCGUGGCGUCUCGUAACAAAAGCGUCCUGCGGACGCCCGUUCAGCGGCCUCCACACGAGGCGGCCCGCAGAGAGAGCCACCGGAUGUCAGCACCUCCGUACCUGCCGCGCAGCCUGGGAGACCUGUCCCACGACUACAGGGGCUCGUCGCAGUCCUUCCUCACAGACGUGAGCCCCAUGUCUGAGAAUGGAGACGCCGCCCGGUAUUACUACCCAUCGGAACCGUACUAUGAAAACCAGCAGCAGCGCCAGCCCAAGAGAGUCCAAGAGUGCUUUCCUGAGGAUUAUAGAUACUAUGAACACAAUGAACACAACUUCCAAAGACUUCCUCGCCAACACACACCCCCAGCUCCGAGUCGACCCCCCUCUGGCAUAGGUCGGAUACAGGCCAAGUCUCUGGGGAACCUCUCCAGUCUAACAGGAGAGGACCUCCCCCUACCGGCUGGUUGGACCGUUGACUGGACCAUCCGCGGUAGAAAGUACUACAUCGACCACAACACCAAUACUACACACUGGAGCCACCCUCUGGAGAGGGAGGGACUGCCUCCAGGGUGGGAGAAAGUGGAGUCGUCUGAGUUUGGGGUGUAUUAUGUGGAUCACAUCAACAAAAGAGCACAGUAUCGACAUCCAUGUGCCCCCAGUGUGCCUCGCUACGAUCAGCCCCCACCACCUCCACUUCCUGUGACCUACCAGCCACGUCCAGCAGAACGGAACCAGCCGGUUCUGGUACCAGCUAACCCGUACCACACUGCCGAGAUCCCCGACUGGCUGCAGGUUUACGCCCGUGCACCCCUGAA